UGUUCACAGAAGUCUAUUAGGUAUUUACAGAAAUGGCGCCAACCGCUGCCACGGUUGUUUCCAAUCGCGAGGAAGAUUCAAUGAAUAAUGAACCUUCUCUCAGCGGCCGCACCAUCAUUGGGCUCAUUUAUCCGCCACCGGAUAUUCGAACUAUCGUUGAUAAAACUGCUGCUUUCGUCGCGCGAAAUGGUGUGGACUUUGAGAAUAAGAUUCGUGAGAAGGAAGCUAAUAACAAACGCUUCAACUUCUUAAGUGCGACGGACCCAUAUAAUGCUUACUACAAACAGAAGGUCCGCGAUUUUCAAGAAGGUAAAGCAGAUACCACAACAGUUGCACCGAAGCCCCAUCUUCCCGAAGCAGUUAAAGAUGCAGUUAAAAAGGCAGAGUUUAUCCCAACAAAGCCACCGCCCGCCUUUGAGUAUUGUGCUGAUCCAGCAACGAUCAAUGCUUAUGACCUUGAUCUUAUUCGAAUGACUGCGUUAUUUGUGGCCAGGAACGGGCGCCAGUUCCUCACUCAGUUAAUGACCAGAGAAGCUCGCAACUUUCAGUUUGAUUUUCUGAAACCGCAGCAUUCAAAUUUCACCUAUUUUACGAAGCUUGUGGAACAGUACACGAAAGUGAUAAUUCCUCCAAACACGAUACUCGAAGACCUUCGCAAUGAAAAGGGCAACACAAAGAAGCUUAUGGAAGACGUAAAUUACAGAGUUGCAUGGGAAAAGCAUCAGAAAAGUCUGAGAGACAAGGAAGAAAAGGAGGCGGAAAAGGAGCGAGUCGCGUAUGCUUCGAUCGACUGGCAUGAUUUUGUGGUUGUACAGACUGUAGAUUUCCAACCAGGAGAUGCUAGCAACUUGCCUGGUUUGUGCACUCCGAAAGAUGUUGGCGCUCGUAUAUUGCUCGAAGCAAGAAGUGAAGCUCAAAAGCAAGCUGGAGAGGCAAUGGAAAUGGAUAUGGAUGAGUCAGACAGUGAGGAAGAGGGUGAACAAAUUCAAAAUGAGGUUGAAACAGCUCCUGACACCGCACCAAAACCAGCAGCACCUACACCACAGGAGGAUGCACCUCCACCACCUGCGGAGUUCUCUACUCCACUACCACCAACACGACAGAAGGAUCUUAUAGUGAAAGAUUACGAUCCUAAGAAGGCCGCACAUGCAAUCAAACGUCCCGCUGAUAAAUGGUUAAUUUCGCCGCUUACUGGUGAGAGGAUUCCGUCAGAUAAGUUGGAGGAACAUGUACGAUACAACACCGUCGAUGCACAGUACAAAGAAGAUCGCGAAAGACUGCUCGGCGAACGCGGUAACGAAGAGCCAGUUUUGGCACCUGGUGCGGAAAUCAGCAAAAACCUGGGAAGAUUUGCCGAACGUCGUACCGAUAUCUUCGGUGUUGGCGCUGCUGGAGCUGAACAAACGGUAAUCGGAAGAAAACUGGGAGAGGAAGCACCGCAGCCCACGAAGCAGCUUAUUUGGGAUGGAUCUGAAGAGACUCGUGAAGCACAUACUCUUGCCGUACAAAGCCAAGUUACGAUUGAUCAACAAAUUCACGAGAUUCAUCGCCAACACGGCUUCCUACCCGAUGCGUCGAAAGAACGCAUAGGAGCACAACAAGUUGCCCAGCAACAACGCACUGCCGCCGCCGCUGCAGCUGCUGUUGCUACUGCUCAGCGCAUGACGGCAUAUCCUUCGAGCGCUGCAGGGCUGAUGCCAUUACCAGCAGCUUUCGCCAUGGCGCAGACGGGCAUACCAAUGCCUGUACCUGGCAGUGGCAUGCCCGCUCAGGCGACCAUGGCAGGUUAUGGUGCCAUGCCUCCCCCACCAACUUCGCAGCCCGAGGCUCCUCCGCCAAAACGUCAAAGAACUGAGGAUGAGCUAGAGCCGGAGGCUGAAUGGCUAAAGAAGGUGAAUGGUGCGAUUGACUUGCGCAUACAACUACCAGUAAGUGCAGAGUUUAACAUGGAUGGAUCGAUCAUCGGAUUACAAAUCGAUGUUUCCUCGCAGGUAUCGGAUCUCAAGCAGCAACUUCAGGAUAAGCUCAGCAUGCCAACAGGAAAGCAGAAGCUUAUCUUCGAUGGUUUCUUCCUAAAAGACAACUUCUCCUUGGCCUUUUACAACAUGAAGAACCAAUCGUUCGUUAUCUUGCAGAUCAAGGAAAGAGGAGGCAAAAACAAAUGAAUGUAAAUUGCUGGUCAUGUGUUGGCUAUAUGGCUAUAUAUUUGUCUCGUGUACCGAAUUUUUUGCUUGGCUAGUACCUUGUAGCAGGUUUGUAGUGAACUAUUCCUACGUAGAUGUAAAUUGAUCUGAGACAUCGGUAUGAUUUACUGUAAAAAGAAAGAUGAUUUACAAUAAACCUUUUGUUGUAC